UGAUCAGGGUGCUGCUGCUGUGGUAUCAGGGAUAUUUGCUUGUUGCACUUCAGGUCUCUGAGCUUCUAUACAUAUAUAUGCAACAAUAUUAAUAUGCAUUACUUUUAUUGUUCAUAAUUAUACAUUUAAAUAUAAAAAUACACUUUUAAACAUGAGUUAGUUCCAUAAUCCAUGAGGGGAAAGUGGAAGCCAAACCAGCCACUCUAGCCAUUUCACGUUGACCAAUACCUGUUAAACCUGAGCAAGCACACCCUGUGCAGAGGUUGUGCAGCAGAGGACAAACAAACUUUGCUUAACCUACUUUUUUUUUGCAUGACUCUGUUGGAGCUGCGAUAUUUGGUUAUACUCAGACUGCUGUGUGACUUUCUGCUGUUGUUCAUGAGAUGUUUACCACCCAGAGUUCUUUCUCUCUGACUGCAGUCUUGUGAUUUCACACAGACCAUAAAUAAACUUCAACUAAAGUCAUUUUCCUCAUUUACAGUUACACGAGUGCUCACUCCAAAGCCGAAUCCUGGCUUGCAGCACGUGUUGGUGACCAACACGGCACCGGGAGGAGGGCGCCAGGCCUGCCACACGUCAAACACUUUCUGCUUCAUCAUCCACCCCCUGUCCCCAAACACGAGAGCUCCCACUCUGACUCCAGAGUGUCUACAGCGGUGUUGUGUGUCUGUAAUAAAUGUGCCUGCCAUAUUUGGUAUUUGUCUUGAGAGAGAACAGGAAAUGCCAGAUUUGGAAAACCUUUUAGACAAAAACUGCUAAAAUGUAAAGGUCCCCUUUCCUUUCUGUCUUCUAGCACUGAUAUUAAAGCAUAGCAAGAACAUAAAGUAGGCCUGCCCUUUGUUUUAGGACUACAAAGUGGGAAGAUAAAGACAACAACGCAUGCGUGCAGAGCUACUCCCGUUCAUGCGGACCGGAAGUUGCAAGAAAGUUUUACGCAGAGGGACUCAUCCUGUCCGCACAUCCUAUCUGUGGUUUAUCGUCAGCGUUUGGUGCUCUAGUUAAAGGACGUUGCCCUUGUUAAACUUCAACCGGAGAGGUCAGUUUAUGUACUUGUGUUCUCCUUGAGCCGACAGCAUCUUAGCGGCUGGAGGGAAACAAGGAGGAUGGAGGUUUAAGGAAUGAGGAUAUACCAGCCGAGAAGAAAAAGCGGGAGAGAUAAACUACACGGGACAGAUUCUACGCCAGCCCUCCGGCCUCUACCAUGGAGCAAGAAGAAGAAGUGGUGGCUGCAGCAGCUCGAGAGGAUGAAGACUCCCAGCUGAUUUACAGGAUCGAGCGUCCUGUCUACAAUGAAACUCUGAUCCAGGCACAGCUUCUUAAACGCAAAGAAGACACCACCACAAAUUGUCAGAAGCUGGCAGAAAAGUUCCAGUGUUCUUCAGAGAAGGCCAAGGCAGCAGCUCUGAGCUUCAUGCCUAUUCUCUCAUGGCUGCCGUCGUAUCCAGUCAAGAAGUACCUCUUUUCAGACGUGGUCUCAGGUCUCAGCACGGGAGUCGUGCAGCUUCCACAAGGACUAGCCUACGCUAUGCUGGCUGCGGUGCCUCCUGUUUAUGGUCUGUACUCCUCCUUCUACCCGGUCCUGCUGUACACCUUCUUUGGCACGUCCAGACACAUAUCAGUAGGUACCUUUGCUGUCAUAAGUCUGAUGAUUGGGGGCGUCGCUGUGAGGGAGGCACCAGACAGCAUGUUUAUGAAUAUCAAUGCUACUGGAUCCAACGCAUCUGAUGCCAUCAACGUGGAGCUUCGUGAUAAGAGCAGGGUCCAGGUGGCCGUGAUGGUCACAACCCUGGCGGGACUCAUCCAGAUUGUUUUAGGUCUUCUCAGGUUUGGCUUUGUAGCAAUCUACCUCACCGAGCCCCUGGUGCGAGGCUUCACCACAGCAGCAUCCAUGCACGUCGUCAUCUCCCAGCUGAAGUACUUGCUGGGGGUGGAAACGCAGCGUUAUUCUGGCUUUCUCUCUGCUAUUUAUAGUGUCAAAGCAGUGCUCAGCACAAUCACCAGCACCAAUAUUGCCACUUUCCUUCUGGGGCUCGGGUGUAUCAUCUUCCUUUACGUGAUCAAAGUUCUCAACGAGCGCUUCAAGAAGAAGCUGCCCAUUCCCAUUCCUGGAGAGAUCAUUGUGGUCAUCGUGUCCACGGGCAUCUCCUAUGGUUUGUCGUUAUCAAAGGAAUACAAGGUCCAUGUGGUUGGGAACAUACCAACAGGGCUUCGCCCUCCUGCUGCCCCAAACAUCUCGCUGCUGCCCAAUUUGGUCACAGAUUCUUUUGCUAUAGCGAUUGUAGGAUUCUCCAUGGACGUCUCGCUGGCCAAGAUCUUUGCCCUGAAACAUGGCUACAGUGUGGAUGGCAACCAGGAGCUCAUUGCACUCGGUCUGUGUAACUUCAUCAGCUCCUUCUUCCAAACGUUUGCUGUCACCUGCUCCAUGUCGAGGAGUCUGGUCCAGGAGAGCACAGGAGGCAAAACACAGAUUGCAGGGCUCCUGGCGUCGCUGCUGGUGCUGGUGGUGGUGGUGGCCGUGGGCUUUGUCUUCGAGCCGCUCCCUCAGACUGCGCUGGCUGCCAUCAUCAUGGUCAACCUCAUAGGGAUGUUCAAGCAGUUCAGAGACAUUCCCAGUCUGUGGAGGACCAGCAAGAUUGAACUGGCCAUCUGGGUGAUCGCCUUUAUCGCUUCUGUGCUGCUGGGACUGGACUACGGCCUCCUGGUGGCCGUCACAUUCGCCAUAUUGACAGUCAUAUACAGGACACAGAGCCCUAAAACUUCCAUCCUGGGUCACGUCGCUAACACGGGGCUCUACUGUGACGUCGACGAGUAUGAAGAGGCGGCUGAAUAUGAGGGGAUUAAGAUCUUCCACUCCAACUCUUCAGUCUACUUUGCUAACAGUGACCUGUAUGUGAACAGCCUCAAGGAGAAGACGGGGCUAAACCCUGAACACUUACAAGCUGCUCGGAAAGCCCAAAAAAAAAGAAAGGAGAAGACGAACAGCAAUCGGUCGUCUCCGCUGAAAAUCUGUGCCAGGUACAAGGAUGAGACGGUGACUCAUGACGUUUUGUCCCAGAGCCACGUGGCGGAGGAUCAGAAGAACGGCCAGUUUGGCGACAGACAUGGCGACUCAGAGGAGGCGGUCUUCCUUGAGCCUUUCAGCACAGUCCACUCCAUCAUCCUGGACUGGACGUCUGCAACUUUCAUCGACUCAGUGGGAGCUAAAGCCAUCAGACAGGUCAUUAAAGAGUAUGCCGCCGUAGAUGUCCGGGUGGUCAUAGCUGGCUGCAACAGAAACCUGCUGGCUGAACUGGACACCUUGAAGUUCUUCACUAAGGACCUGACCACAGACUUCCUGUUCCCCACCGUCCACGACGCCGUGCUCCACUGUCAGCACUCAAACUCUCACCCGUCUGUGGCUGCGGUCAGUGACACGACCUGAGAGGAUGGGACGUAACUGAGAACAAGUCACAGGAAUGGGACGUGGUGGCGCUCUCACAACCUCACUGUGAACUUGUUUUCAGCUGAAAUAUCAGGAGUGUUUUUCAGUCUUGUUAAAGUUCCAAAGCAGCAAGAACAUCGUUUUAAUCAGAACCUUCAGGAUGUGGCGUCCAGCCUGAUUCCUCUGCAGUGUUGACGCUGCACUUUAGUCAUGUUGUAGUUCUCACUGUUUGCUGAAGUACUUUUUAAAGCUGCAGCUUUGUCUACAUGAUGUUAGCAGGUACUGUUGGAGGCCUUGUUGUAAACAUGUAAUACUGACCACCUCAUUAUCACGCUGGUACCAAAUUGUUACCUAUAAUCUGUCAAUAUGAUUUUUGUUAUUCUGAUCUGGAAUGACCUUUCCAGUCUGUUUGCAGUGUCAUGUUGCCGUUACUGUACACUUGCAUUGGUAUGACUCAUAUAUGAAUGCAGUGGACAGCUUUAAUUGUGCUGUUAGUGAACGACACAGGAGGCCUUUCAAGCUCCCUGUGCUUAUUUUGUUAAACACUGAAACUGAAAUCUGGAAUAACUUUUAUUUUUUAGUGAACAACAAUAACAACAAAACAAAA